CAUUAUACAAUAUAAAUAUUUGCCCCAUCAAAAAUAAAUAACUUAUAUCAGUUCACAAAUAUAUAUUUUAAAAUGGCUCCUAAUAAAGAUAAAAAGAAGUCGAAGAAGACUAUCGAUACUGAGAAGACAAUAGAACCAGAACUAGUUUAUGAAGAUGGAGUAGAUGAUACAGAUGUACUUGAGCUGAUAUAUACGGAUAUUAAUGAUGAUUUUUUCCAUGAAGCUAAUAAGGUAGUACAAUUUUUAAUGGAAGCAAAAAGACAUUUUGGCUCCCGCAUCAAGCGAUAUAGUGACAUCAUUUUUAAUUUGCAUAGGCGUUAUGUAGAUGAAGUCAAUGAUAAUGAAGUUCUUCGUCCGCAAAUAAUAUCUUCAGAAAACAAGCUACGCCUGGCUCUGGAACUAACUGCAACUUCAGAAGAGGCUAUGCAAAAACUUAAGGAGGCCUUGGGCGAUGCUUGGAAGGAAUCAGAUGCAUCAGCCCUGAGAGAGCAGCUUGUGCAAGAAAAAUUACAAGAGGUACUUAUCAAAUGUGAUGGCCUUACUGAUCGACAUAGUGGCACUACUGACGAUGCAGCUGAAUUCGGACAUCUUGCAAAAUAUAAGAAUAUUAUACUUAGAGAGCGAGACCGUUUAGCUGGAGAAGUUGUUGACCUUGAAAAGCGUUUAGCUACCAACCGAUAUUAUUCCGAAAAUUUAGAAUAUAUUAUCCGAAACAAUGAAGACGCAAUGAGUAAAAUGGCUUCCAGAGCUAAGUUUGCUGAGGGUGAACGGUUAAAUGUAGAAUCCAAGCUUCGAGCUCUAAUGAAGACUAUGGAAGAACAAAAAGAGGCUCAUGGGAAAACUAUGAUAAAACUCGAUAUAGCGAAUCGAGAUUUAGCAGAAGCAAUGCGAAAACUACAUCAAAAAAUAUCUGAUUACGAUAGGCAACGCGUGCAUUUGGAUAAAUACAGAAGUGAAGUUAAUGCCUUGAAUAAAGCAAUGCACAAAUAUGAAGAUGACAUUGCUGACAUGACCAAAAAUCAGAAAAAUAACGAGGAAAUGAUUAAGCAGUUAAGGCUUAUUGAAAAAGAGAAAGCAAAUGCAGUCAGUCAAUUGAGCGGCAAACUGAAAAAGGCUAUAGAAGAUCAAAAUAACGCUACAACUCGGAUGUAUAAAUUGAAUCGAAAGGUUAUGAUGCUAAAUAGUGAAAUUUUAAGGCUUAAAAACAAUAUUAAUUCAUUAGAGAAGGAUGUUUUAAAUGCAAAUGGUCGAACAGAUGAAGUCUUUCGAGUAAAAGAGACACUUCAACGUGAACGGGACAGUCUGCGAAGUAAUAUCAUUAAAUUAAAUAACACCAUGGCAGACUUAAAACACGAUAUGAUGCUUAAAUCAAACAUGAUUAGUUCAUUAAAUUUAGAUAUAAACAAGUUAAAUGUUAAGCUUGAUGAGGCCUAUAUUCUUAAAUCGAAGGCAGAGAAGGAGAGGGAUGAAAUGGCACAAGAAAUGGAAACUUUGCACGAGCGCAUCGAAAACUAUCAAG